AUGUCUGAAAAGCGGAAAAAACUGGAAGAACUUGCUGCCAAGAGGAAGGCAGAGCAGACGGACGAAAUUAAUCAAAAACAAACGGGAAAGGUCAAGCCUAAACCGCAAGCACAAGCACAGCAAAAGCAUAAAGCAGUUUCUAGCGGAACCUCCGCUGGAUCUUCUUCCAAGAAGACUUCAGCUGGAGAGACAAUGCGCUCUUCAGCUAAGCCUGUUGCGGUUCCACCCCGUACAAAUGCCUUUAAACCUAAGCCUUAUGGUGGUCGUCGGCUGAACGAGGAUGCUUAUGAUGAAGGAGAUGGCUUUGUAGUAGAAGAUGACGAAGAUGAGAUCACAACGUCAUCAAGCGAUUCAGAAAAUUAUACAUCGGAACCAUCAGACUCUGAUGAAGCAGCAUCUAAGAAAAGAAAGAAAUCAAGCUCGACAAGAUCAAGGAAGAAAAUUAAAGGGAAGCCUAAGAAGAAAGUAUCGAGUGAUGAUGACUCGGAUGGUGGAGUACGACGAAAGAAGAAGUUAAAGACGAUUGACGAUGAAGUCUAUGAUAGUGACGAAAUAAAACAAGAUGCUGCAGACCUAGACGCCUCUAAUAUUAUAAAGGGUGGCAGAAGGACAAGAGGCAAGAAAAUAGAUUUUUCGGUUUUUGGUCCAGAUCCAGAAGACGAAUGA